UAACAUCUGGACAUUUCGAGAAGAUGCAUCUAAACCUGAAAUAUUUCAUCGGUCUGCUCGUGGUGCUGCUCUGCAGCUCUUUUGCGAUGGCCUAUCCCCAGGGUGGUCCUUGUGGUCCUCCGCCCAGUGGCACUCCGCCUUCGGGUCCUCGGCCAUCGGGUCCUCCACCUGGCGGUCGCUGCGGACCUCCUCCUUCGACCACGGCGUCCUCCGGUUAGCGGGUUUCUGAUCCCCACUCCUAUCCCCAUCAUCAGGCUUCGACGCGUCACACGGGCAAAUCCUUUAGCUAAGUCUAUUUUUUUUCGAUAGUCAAUUCAAGAAUAUAUAUGUGUGUGUAAACUGCUAAA